AUGUCUCUGCCAGCAGAAGAACCCAGAUUGGGGCAGGAGGAGCUGGAGCCAGAGCUGCAGCAGCAGCACCAGGAGGAGGAGGAGGAGGAGGAGAAGGAAGAGGAGGAGGAGGAUUGGGAGCAAGAAUGGCAGAUGCAUGACAGUGAGGGGGAGGGGGAGGGGGAGACCUCUGGCAUUGAGGAGUUGGAUGAGGAGAUUGAUCUCAAGUCAAGAAUGAUAGCUGAUAACCUGUUGGCAGAGGAUGAGAAGAUACUCACCACAUUCUACACAAAGAUGAAUGGACACUGCACAAAUGUGCAGUACAACACCCUCAACUUCACCUAUCCCAACAUCAUUAUCUACCAAUCAUUCCUCAGCUUCAAGCUCAAUAUGCUAAUGUGGAAAGAGCAACUACCCUUUCUUCAUAUUGAGCCUGGCAAAAUCCCCACUCACUUGAGAUGA